AUGGCCGGCGAUACCACUCAGAAGCUCGCAGUCCUUAUUGAUGCUGACAAUGCUAUGCCGUCUACGGCGAGGCUUUUACUGGCCGAGGAAGAGCUCCUCACGCAUUCAAUCCAGCCGAUCCGGCAAUUCGCUUACACCCACGGAAAAAACGCGACCGACUCAGCAAUGAUAAAAGACGCGAUGGACCUUCUUCACUUGGGCCGUUUUGAUGGUUUCUGUCUCGUCUCUAGUGACACUGACUUUACUCGGCUAGCCGCUCGUAUUCGCGAAUCCGGAUCAAUUGUUUACGGAUUUGGGGAGCAAAAGACACCGAAGCCCUUCGUCGCCGCUUGCGAUAAAUUUAUUUGUACCGAAAACCUUGUUUACCACAAAGAACUUGUUCCGCAUCCCGAUAGAAUCUUUACGCCCAAGAACCACAUUCCAGUAAGACAGGCCGAAGAAGACAAGGACUUGGUAAAUCUGCUACAUACGACAAUAGAGACAGCCUCCGACGAUCACGGAUGGGCUGAACUCUCGUAUAUCGGCAAUUCGCUUACAAAAAAAUAUCCUGAUUUUGACUCUCGCACCUACGGAUACUCCAAACUCAGUGAUUUGUUUUCUGUCUUGCCACAAUUUGAUGUUACACGACACGCUCCUCGGGAGGGUAAACCUAAUGAAAUCUAUGUACAAGAUAAGCGUUUGAGGCGCAAAGAUUCUUCGAAUUCAUAUAAUAAGUGA